GCCUUGAGCAGCGUCGCCGCCUCCGCGGGCGGGGACCCUGAGAGCGACCGCGGACCGGCGGCCGGAUCCAGGCCGAUCGGCAAGCAAACAGUGCACAACGAGGCUGGCCGCCGGGGAGUCCCGGCCGGCGGGCCGCCGCGAUGUUUCCUAAGGAAGCGACGUUCCCCCGGGAGACGACUUGGAACAUCUCGUUCGCGGGCUGCGGUUUCCUCGGCGUCUACCACAUCGGCGUAGCUUCCUGCCUCCGCGAGCACGCGCCCUUCCUGGUGGCCAACGCCACGCACAUCUAUGGCGCCUCGGCCGGGGCUCUCACGGCCACGGCGCUGGUCACCGGGGCCUGCCUGGGCGAGGCCGGUGCCAACAUCAUCGAGGUGUCUAAGGAAGCCCGGAAGCGGUUCCUGGGCCCACUGCACCCCUCUUUCAACCUGGUGAAGACCAUCCGUGGCUGCCUGGUGAAAACUCUGCCUGCCGACAGCCAUGAGUGUGCCAGCGGGCGCCUGGGCAUCUCCCUGACCCGCGUCUCCGAUGGCAAGAAUGUCAUCAUAUACAACUUCAGCUCCAAGGAUGAGCUCAUCCAGGCCAACGUCUGCAGCACCUUCAUCCCUGUGUACUGUGGCCUCAUCCCUCCCACCUUCCGGGGGGUGCGCUACGUGGACGGUGGCAUCUCGGACAACCUGCCGCUCUAUGAGCUGAAGAACACCAUCACGGUGUCCCCCUUCUCGGGUGAGAGCGACAUCUGCCCCCAGGACAGCUCCACCAACAUCCACGAGCUCCGGGUGACCAACACCAGCAUCCAGUUCAACCUGCGCAACCUCUACCGCCUCUCCAAGGCCCUGUUUCCACCCGAGCCCCUGGUGCUGCGAGAGAUGUGCAAGCAGGGCUAUCGGGACGGCCUGCGCUUUCUGCGGAGAAACGGCCUCCUGAACCGACCCAACCCCCUGCUGGCACUGCCGCCCGCCCGCCCCGCUGUCCGCCAGGAUGAGGAUGAGGCGGCAGUGGAGAGGGCUCGUGGGGAGGGCCACUUGCAGCCACCCGGGGAAGAUCCCAUCCUGGAACAUCUGCCUGCCCGGCUCAAUGAGGCCCUGCUGGAGGCCUGCGUGGAGCCCAAGGACCUGCUGACCACACUCUCCAACAUGCUGCCCGUGCGUCUGGCCACGGCCAUGAUGGUGCCCUACACCCUGCCGCUGGAGAGCGCCGUGUCCUUCACCAUCCGCUUGCUGGAGUGGCUGCCCGACGUCCCCGAGGACAUCCGGUGGAUGAAGGAGCAGACGGGCAGCAUCUGCCAGUACCUGAUGAUGCGCGCCAAGAGGAAGCUGGGCAGCCACCUGCCCUCCAGGCUGUCGGAGCAGAUGGAGCUGCGCCGCGCGCAGUCGCUGCCCUCCGUGCCGCUGUCCUGCGCUGCCUACUGCGAGGCGCUGCCCGGCUGGAUGCGCAACAACCUCUCCCUGGCAGACACGCUGGCCAAGUGGGAGGAGUGCCAGCGCCAGCUGCUGCUGGGCCUCUUCUGCACCAACGUGGCCUUCCCGCCGGACGCCCUGCGCAUGUGCGCCCCUGCCGGGCCCAGCCCAGCGCCCCCGCAGCCCCCGCCCAGCUUGCCCCCUUGCUGAGCCCUUCCCGGCCCCUGGGUCCCAGUGCUGAGGGCGCGGCCCCCGGCUUCCCUGCCCCGUGAGGCAGGCCCUGGGGCCGGCUGAGACCCCGCUCCCCGGCCUCUCUCUGUGGCCCUGGGAGAGAGAGAUCGGGACCCUGGAGGCCCCGAGAAGGGGCUUUGCUGUCGACCCCCUCACCAACCACUCACCAGCUGCACUGAGCAGGCGGGGGUGUGGAGCACCCCUCCCCAGCCGCAGAGGGCCCCUCCCCGUGCCUUACCCUCCCCUCCCAGGCGCGCCCCUUCCCAGGGCAGGGCCGCCCGGUGGUGGUCAGGGCAGCCCUGCUCCUGAGAACUUUGUAGCUGCUCCUCCCGCUGAGUUUUUCACGUUUUACUGAAGAAGGUGUGUGAAGGAUUAUUUAUUUUCCUGAAGCAGCUGUAAUAAAGGCCAAGCUCAGCUCCC